GUCUCUAGAAAUGGUAUAUUAGAAAAUAUUGACAAGUCUUUAUCAUUUUCUUUUUAUGUAUAGUAUAUUUUAUUCAAGUAAAAGUGCUAAUAAGGCAAAAAAAAUAUUGAAUAAAAAAAAAAAAAAGCAUGACAACUGAUCUAAGCUUUAAAUAGGAAAGAAGGUCAAUACAUUGCUCACACAUACAUAACAUCAUCUUUCUCUUCCUUCUCUCAUUGUCCUCCUAAACACUUUGAUCAUCUUAAUAUUAAGGCUCUCACUUAAUCUAAGUUUCCUGAAAUAAAUUUCACUACUCUAUUGAUGAUUUUCUUCAAAUUUUGAGUAAAUUAUUUCUAUUAUUAUUAUUAUUAUUAUUAUUAUUAUUAUUAUUAGGGUUAUCUAAUUAGGCACCUUGCUAAAAAUGGGUUACAAAUCAUUGAAUAAAACAAAACCAAAAAUAAAGCAUAGGAAAGGUUUAUGGUCACCUGAAGAAGAUGAUAGGCUAAGAAACUACAUUCUUCAUCAUGGCCAUGGAUGUUGGAGCAAUGUUCCCAUUAAUGCUGGACUGCAAAGAAAUGGAAAGAGUUGCAGAUUAAGAUGGAUUAAUUACUUAAGACCAGGGCUUAAGAGGGGCACGUUAAGUCCCCAAGAAGAGGAAACUAUACUAGCCCUUCAUUUUGCUUUCGGAAAUAAAUGGUCACAAAUAGCACAACAUUUGCCUGGGAGGACUGAUAAUGAAAUUAAGAAUUUUUGGCACUCUUAUCUCAAGAAGAAGGUAACAAGGAGAGAAAAAAAUGAACCAAUAUCAAAAACGCAAUUAACUAGCUCAACCCUUCAAGAAAAAAUCGAGUCUCCCGUAAACUCGAACGCCACGACUUCAAGUUCCGAUCAAGGUUCUACAAUGAAUAAUGUUACUCAAUUAACUAGCAACAAUCAAAGUGCCUUACCAAAACUAUUCUUUGCUGAAUGGUUGAACUUGGAUAGUACUUUAAACAAUAAUAAUGGACAUUAUUUUGCCCAAGUUAAUCAAUUUCCUUGGUACAAUAAUUAUUCCAGGAAUAUUGAUCAUGUUACAUAUAAUUUGGAUUUGGAGGAUGGUCAUACGCAAAGAUUUACGUACAACGAAGGAUCAUGUAGCAAUGAUGAAUUAUAUAAUGAAGCAGAAAAUGUUGUGUUUGAUUCACAAUUCAAGAUUGAAGAUCAGAAUUCAGAGAUUGUGCUGAAUGAUAUUUUAUAUGGAAGUGAAAUUCCAAACAAUUAUUUUGUGGGAAGUAAUUUAAUGUAUAUUUAAGAGGCUUUAGAUUAUGAUUGAUGUAUAUUUAAGUUAAGAAAAAUUGUAUAAUAUAUGACUUGCUUUUAUUUUGUUCUUUGGGUUAAAACUAUAUAGCUCGAGUGAUAAUAAAAUCAUA